AUGUGGAGAGGCCGCAGCAGCGCAAGUCCGUCCGUUGAGAGCACCCACGAGGAUAAUCAUCAAGAAGAGAGCGGGCCAAACAAUAGCAAGCGCCGGCGUAUUGCCUUGGCGUGCAGUGCUUGUCGCACGCGCAAAUCGAGGUGCAAUGGCCAGCGCCCGAAAUGCUCGCUGUGUGAGCGGAUGGGCUUCGAGUGUACCUAUGAGAUGCCCAAUUCAUCAUCCAAUCUCAUUAUUGGCAAAGAUAUCUUUGCUGCUCUUGAAGCCAGAGUAGAGGCGGUUGAGAGGCAGUUGAGGAGACAAUCUAAUCAUAUAGGCCCGUCGAGCAAAGAUGAAGGCACCAUGGCUCCUUCGUCGGUUGUCAACAGUGAGGAAAGGAAUGGGGAACACACAAUAUCCGCGCCCCCUGGCAUGAUUGUUAUUAGCAUUCAAGAUCCUCUUGAGACUGACGCCCAGUCACAGCAUGACAAGACUGACGGGAUGGCAAUGUCUCUAGUGAAAGAUGAAGACUGCAGCUUCUUUGGACCUACGUCGAACAUCGCCCUUAUGCGUACCAUUUUCCGUGCCGUGGCAUACAAGCGGGCUGCUAAUAUCAAUAAUACUAUCGUGGGCUUCAAAAACCCGGCCGAUGCAAAUCGCACCAGCGCUAUCAAUCUUGCUCGAGCAUUCCCCGAGUCGCCAAAUGUGUGUAGUGCGAGCGGAGAUGCGUCAAGUCCAGGAGGAUGCAACAUCCUACCCUCUCAUGAGCAAACAGAGCAGUUGGUCAACCGAUACUUCUCAAAUACCGGCAUGCUAUUUCCGUACAUCCAUAAACCUUCGUUUGCCGAGACUUAUAGUCACAUUCGCGAGCAAAACUUUCGUGGUAACGUGCGCCGAACAUUCCUAGGACUCUUGAACAUGGUACUCGCGAUGGCGGCUUGGAGUGAGAGCGGGCGACAAAGCACUACUGAGCCGACUUCGCAUUUUGAAUCUGCCAUCUUCUAUCAGCGCGCCCAAGAGCUUUGUGGAAAGCCGAUGCAGCGCGGAACUAGUUUGGAGACCGUGCAAUUUCUCCUCUUGACGAGCCAGUACCUUCAGGGAACUCAACAGUCCGUCCAAACCUGGGCUGUACACGGUUUGGCAGUCAAAGCAGCCAUGUCAAUAGGAAUCCAUUCCAAAGAAGCAUUGCGCAGAUUGCCAGACGUUGAGCAAGAGAUGGGGAAACGGACAUGGCUCAGCUGCGUUCUUCUUGACAGACAUCUUAGUAUGACAUUUGGGCGUCCAAGUGCGAUACCGGAUGAUUAUGUGCGCCUGGACGUUCCGCGGCUUGUGCAAGGUGAUCACAUUGAUCAUACCGGAAUAUCGUUCUUCGCUGGAACUGUCUCACUAUACAAGAUUCUAUGGCACAUCAUGGGCAGCCUUUAUGGGCAUAACCUGGGAUGCGAGGAGACAUCAGACACCAACAUGAUCACACAGAUCUUUCUCAUUCAGCAUGAGCUGAAUGAGUGGCAAGACUCACUAGGUCCUGGCUUGAGUCUAGUCACAACAGAAAACAUAUUAACUGUCGAUAGCAGUAAUCCCAUUGGAGAGAGAUACAGAUUCGUGCUGACAAUGAGAUACCUCCAUGCCCAGCUUUUACUAUACCGGCCUGUUCUCACCAAACUACUCAGCACAGACUUUGACUCGUCACAGUCACAGCAGUCCAUUAGCCAAAUGCAACUAAAUCUUAGUGACAGUUGCACAGACUAUGCUAGGAAAAUAAUAUAUAUUGUCCACAGCGUAUUGACUCGGCCGGACCUUGGAAAGCAUUUCCUGGGCGCCUGGUGGUUUACUCUCUACUACGUCUUCAACGCAAGUUUAUUAGUUUUUGGGAGCUUGUUCGUGCCCAAAGCCGACAAUAAUGUCAGCUUAGGUAGCGUCAGUCAAUUGGAGAUGGGGCAGCAUAUCUUGGGACAAGCUAUCGAAGCACUCUUGCAGCUGGACCAAGACAAUCAACUCCUCAGCCGAUGUAUCAAGUACCUCCAAGAUCUACAACGAGUGGUUGAGGAAUGGGCUUCUAACUGCAUUUUAUUCAUUGUCGUUCGGUUGUUAACGGCCAUCAUUCCAGUUCUAGCUACGCCGUCUACAACAGCCACCAACUAUGCAAAUCUAUCAGCAUCUCAACCUCAUAUCCUAAUAAAUAAGAGUGGACUUGUCAGCAAAAUUAAUACCGAUUUACCAUUGGAGGGAAUUGCACUUGAUAACAGCAUCGGCUUAAUUCAGAACCUAGAAUUUGAUCCUUCUCUGAGUAAUGACUUUCAACGAUGGUUCGACGACAAUGCAUGGUCAGCAGAUAUUCUUUAA